AUGGCGGAAAACGAAGGAGGGAUAGUGAAAAAGGGCCACGAAGAAGGGCUGAAAAUGGCGGUAUCGCUGCUGGAGGAGUUCGGGCUGCCGGGCGGACUUCUGCCGCUAGCAAACGUGAUAGAAGUAGGGUUUGUUCGGGCCACGGGGUACAUGUGGAUAGUGCAACAAAAGAAAGUGGAGCACGAUUUCAAGAUGGCGAAUAAAGUCGUGAGUUACGGUAGCGAUAUAAACGCGUACAUAGAGACGAAGAGGAUAAAGAAGCUGAGGGGGGUGAAGGCGAGGGAAAUGAUGAUGUGGCCCCCGGUGACUGAAAUAAGAGAGGAUGAUCCGCCCACCGGAAAAAUCCACUUCAAGAGCCUCGCCGGAAUUACCAAGACUUUUCCGGUCCAGGCCUUUGCUUUCGGACAGUGA